AUGAUGUACUACUACUAGUAGCUAGCUGGCGUAGCUCACACUGUCAAGAACUGUGUAGCACAAUGCCAUCCUACAUACAAAUUGUACAGUGUGAACUCUUAUAUCGGAUAACUCUUCGGCGUCCCUUGUUCGAUAAUCGUACCAGCCUUACCUAACAAUUUUCAAAGUACCUAUCUAGUGGUGGUAUCAUCGAUACGAUACAUUGAUACGGAUAUCAGUUACACAAAGCUUCAAAGAAAAAAAAAGGAAGGAGAAGAAGCUUUUACCGCAACCGCAACAAACUCUCUCUUCCACAUUCUCAAGCUUCACUACACACUCCAAUAACCAAAUCAAAUAUGGCAUCAAUUGCGCGAUGCCUUCGGGCAGCUAGACCAUCCACUCUCUCGAGACUAGCACAAACACCAUACAUAACAUCAAACUGGCAACCGGCCUCGUUGCGAGCAUUCUCUGUCUCGCCGAUAAGAGACAUCCGCAAAUACACCAAAGACCACGAAUGGAUCGACCUGAACGCCGACAAGACCGCCGGCGUGAUCGGGAUCUCGGAGUACGCCGCCGAGGAGCUCGGCGACGUCGUGUACGUUGAGCUCCCCGCGGAAGGCAAACAGGUGAGCGCGGGCGACGCCAUCGGCGCCGUCGAGUCCGUCAAGAGCGCCGCCGACAUCAACGCCCCCAUCGCCUGCACCGUCACCGCCAUCAACCUCGCACUCGAGGAGAAGCCCGGCACCAUCAACCAGGUCCCCGAGGACGACUCCCACGGCGGCGGCUGGAUCGCCAAGGUCCAGGUCGACGAGCAGGGCGUCAAGGACUUCGAGGCGCUGAUGGAUCCCGAGGAGUAUAAGGCGUUUACUGGGGUCGAGCAUUAAGGUGGAGGUGGAGGUGAAGAGGGGGGAGGUUCUGUGCGAUCGCAGUCCGUUUGAAAGGGUUUGGAAAGUUCCGUCAGAAGGAUGGAGAAGAGGGUAUGGUUUAAGAGGAACAAGGGCAGGCAGGUGUUCACCGGAAACGGGACAUGUCAUAUUUUCAACAACUGAACGAGAAGCAGAGAGAACGGGCUCAACCUUGUAUCAUUAACUCGUUUGGGGUAUUAUGAGACCAUAGGUGGCCCUCAUCAUCCAUGGUGCGAUAUCAUAUCUGCACAGAUUUCUACCUACAUAAAAAAAAGAAGAUGGUUGCAUAGAUGGGGAUUGCCCAU